AUGGCGUGGUUGCUGCUGUUGCAGCUCGCAGGAGCUUCGCAUGUCGUCUACGAGAACCUCGAGGCCGAGGCUGCGACAGCGAAGGUGCCACCGUCCAUCGUCAACCGCCUGCUGAGGACGGGGUACCACUUUCAUCCUCCCAAGAACUGGAUCAAUGCACCUAUGUACUACAGAGGGUGGUACCAUUUCUUCUACCAGUUCAAUCCGAAGGGCGCCGUGUGGAACAACAUUGUACGGCUGCUGGUCCAGCUCGGCGACCGUGCUGCCCGACGGCACUCCGGUGAUCAUGUACACGGGCAUCAACCACCCCAACAUCAACUACCAGGUCCAGAACGUGGCCUACCCAAAGAACAGGUCCGAUCCACUGCUCCGGGAGUGGGUGAAGCCCUCGCACAUCAACCCCGUCAUCGUGCCGGGCGUGGCAUCAACGUGACACAGUUCCGCGACCCGACCACGGCCUGGCGCGCCGCCGACCGCCAGUGGCGUCUGCUCAUCGGCAGCGCGACGGAGGGCGGCUCACGCGGUGUGGCGUACGUGUACCGGAGCCGCGACUUCAGGCGGUGGACGCGGGUGCGGCGGCCGCUGCACUCGGCGGCCACGGGGAUGUGGGAGUGCCCGGACUUCUACCCGGUGAGCACGGAUGGCCGGCGCGUGGGGCUCGAGACCUCCGUGUCGUCCAGUCCGCAGGUGAAGCACGUGCUCAAGAACAGCCUCGACCUGUGGCGGUACGACUACUACACCGUUGGCACGUACGACCGCAAGGCCGAGCGGUCCGACACCACCGCCGACGAUGUGGCCAAAGGAUGGGCUGGAAUUCAGGCGAUUCCGAGGACGGUGUGGCUGGACCCUGGCGGGAAGCAGCUGCUGCGGUGGCCCAUCGAGGAGGUGGAGGCGGCGCUCAGAGGCAAGUCGGUCACUCUCAUGAACAGGGUAAUCAAGCCAGGGCACCACGUCCAGCCGCUGGACCCGGCGCUCGCAUACGACGCGGAGAGGCUGUGCGGCGUCAAGCGCGCCGACGUGAAGGGCGGCGUGGGCCCGUUCGGCCUGUGGGUGCUGGCCUCCGCCAACCUGAAGGAGAGGACCGCGGUGUUCUUCAGGGUGCUCAAGGCCGCCGGCAGCAACAAGCCCGUCGUGCUCCUGCGUGCACCGACCCUACACAAGUCGUCUCUGAACCCAAAUGUGUACCGCCCGACGUUUGCAGGUUUUGUCGACACGGACAUUUCAAAUGGAAAGAUAUCCCUGAGAAGCUUGAUCGACCGAUCGGUUGUCGAGAGCUUUGGAGCCGGAGGCAAGACCUGCAUCCUCUCCAGGGUCUACCCAUCGCUUGCCAUAGGCAACAAAGCUCACCUCUACGUGUUCAACAACGGGAGGAUGGACGUCAAGGUGUCCCGUCUCGCCGCAUGGGGAUGA